AUGUUCAACUUCAUGGGUCUAAUAAACGGUACAACGGCUAUUCAGACCAAUGUAUCCUGUACUUGUAACUGCAAACGCUCGACUUCCUUCCAAAGUAUGGAGAUCACUCAGCUGGAGUUUGUGCAGAUCCUGGUGAUUGUGUUGGUGAUGAUGGUGAUGGUGGUUGUGAUCACCUGUUUGCUGAACCACUACAGACUCACGGCUCGCUCCUUCAUCUCUAGACACAGCCAGGCCCGCCGACGUCACCUUCCUCUGGCCUCUGAGGGGAGUGUGUGGCCAACAGAUGGACUCGGGCCAUCCAGUGGAGUGAGCGAGCAGGUGUAUACCCCACAGCCUCCGGAGCGUGUACCUUCGUAUCUGCAGCGGGAACGUCUGGCUCGUUUCCAACCCACCUACCCUUACCUGCCCCACACAAUCAUUGACCUGCCCCCCACCAUCUCCCUAUCAGACGGGGAGGAACCCCCACCCUACCAAGGCCCCUGCACACUGCAGCUGCGCGACCCAGAGCAGCAGAUGGAGCUGAACCGUGAGUCAGUGCGAGCUCCUCCUAACCGCACUGUUUUUGACAGUCACCUUCUCCACACCUCCCUCUGCCCCCCGAGCCUCAACGCUGGCGUGAGUGCCGCCUCCUAUUCCAACUGCCAGCCCCAGGUGGAGGGAGCGCCUCCCGCCUACAGCGAGGUCGUUGGGCACUACUUCCACCCUUCAUUGUCACGGCAACAGCAGACUGUUAGGGUGUCGGGCCCGACAGCUCCUCCCAUGCUAGUGCAGGGCAUUCUGACACGGUCUCCGCCCGACAGCACAGAGACCAGAAACAUCCGGAACAAGGAGAAACACAGGCCGCAGCAGGUUUGACACACAGCUGCCCGCUGCCCCUCCACCAAGCUGACAGGGCAGGGCAGGGGAGGUGAGGGAGGGGAAAAUGAGUCUGGCAGUACACAGUGGCUCUCCGCAUUAUUCCUGGCACCUCCAUCC